AUGCACAUCAAGACCGUCCUCACGAUCGCCUGGAUCACGCACGCUGCCAUUGCCGUUCCGUCAGAGGAGCAGCCCAGCGUCAAUUCAGUCGUGGGGAAGCCCCCGGGCCUGAAGCCUAUUAAGAUGAAGCCUAGCUCAAAAUCCGACGCCGAAGACCUUUGCAAAAGUGCAUCGAAUUCUUGUUCGAGUGGGGAUCGCCCAGAUGCGCCAACCGCCAGUGGUAGGGCCAUCCACGCGAAAUUUUUUGGAGGACAACAUAACCAACCACAAUCGUGA